ACUGAAGCCCAAAAACUCAAACCGAAAACAAGGACUAGGCAACUCGAACCGAGGAAGAAAACGAGAGAAGAAAAAAGAGGCAAAUUGGAGCUCCUGAUAUUCCAUUGCCAGUUCCUCCAAAACCAGUGAAUUGUAAUAGAGAAGGAAAAAUAACUAGUCUGUAUAAAUGGAUUCAUCACAAUCAUCUUCGUUAGGGACGGGAGGGAGCGGCGGGAAUGGGAUGGUCAGCAGUCAAACAAAUGAUACGGCAACCGCCACGCCGAAUGAUGAUCCAAAGCAGAAUCUGACUCAAGUAAUUAACUCCAUCCAGAAAACUUUAGGCCUUCUCCAUCAACUAUACCUCACCGUCUCUUCUUUUAAUGCUGCUUCGCAGCUCCCCCUCCUUCAACGCUUGAAUUCCUUGGUUUCGGAGCUUGAUAACAUGGCAAAAUUGUCUGAGAAGUGUAAUAUUCAAGUGCCUAUGGAAGUUCUCAAUUUGAUUGAUGAUGGGAAGAACCCUGAUGAAUUUACAAGGGAUGUUUUAAACAGCUGUAUUGCAAAAAAUCAGGUUACUAAAGGCAAAACUGAUGCCUUCAAGAGUUUACGAAAGCAUCUUCUGGAAGAGCUUGAGCAGACGUUUCCUGACGAAGUUGAAUCAUACAGGGAGAUACGUGCAAGUUCUGCUGCUCUUAAAGCACUUGGCCCAAUGCAGGAAUGUAAACGGCUUGCUCAAUCACAAAGUAUGUUACCAAAUGGAGAUGUAAAGGUCAAAACUGAGCUUUAGAUGCCCAUAUCGAUGAUGAUUUGGAGAUUGAAGCUGAAUUGUCGCCAUUUAUUUGGAGACUGACAAUAAAACUCUAUGCUGGACAAAUUAAAAGCAGGGAAUAUUCUGGCAGUUAUUCUAGUUAUAGGUGGAAAAUAUUCUUGCAGUUAUUCUUAGUAUUUGGAAGCUUGGAAAGGCAAAAUUGUACAUUUGCGUCAGUACUUUUGUUGUGCAGUUAUUAGACAGAUAUUAGUUUAGACAUAUUGGAGGCCUGCUGUUGUGAGGCUUCUUGCUCAUAAUUUUAAAAGGACUGGUAAUUGAUUUACCU